AUGCCGCCUAUCAGGCCCGUGACCAAGUUUGCCGCCAUGGGCCCGUCGUCGCCUAGUGCGGUCAUGACCCGGGUGCAGCCGGUCAAAGCCCGCCGUCCAAUUCCAAAGUUUCAAACGUCCAUGAGUCUACCAGCCCAGUUUCUGAACCGAAUAGCACGGUCGCCGUCGAAAGCCGCCUUCAUCGCGACCACCGCGGCUGCCCGGCGGCAUGCAUGGUUCCAAGCGAUUCAUCCACACAGCCCCGCCAUGAAGAAUUGGGACCUCUUCUCCAUCGCACUGCUAGUAUUUACAGCGGUCGUGACGCCCUUCGAGACAGCGUUCACCGUCACGACCGUCGACUCCUUCCUCUUUGUUCUCAAUCGCUUCGUCGACGCGUGCUUCGUCGCUGAUGCCGCCCUGCACUUCUUUCUCAUGUACUACGACGAAGCCAGCAGCGUGUGGGUUUCGGAUCGGCGCAAGAUCGCGUGGAAGUACCUGUCUGGAUGGUUUUUCCUGGACGUGAUCUCGAUGCUCCCAUUCGACUUGGUCGGAAUCGCCAUCGAUAACAACACGGUCAAGCAGCUGCGGUUCACGCGCGUCCUGCGGUUGCUCCGGCUCAUGAAGAUCCUCAAGGUCCUUCGCGGCGCGAGCAACUUUCGUGUGUGGGAGUCCAAGAUGAGCAUCAACUACGCGACCAUCGCGCUAGCCAAGUUUUGCGUCCUCGUCUUCAUGACGUCGCACUGGAUGGCGUGCAUCUUUCGCAUGGUGGUUGACAUCGAAGAGUUUGUCGACCCCCUCGGGUUCAAAUUCAACUGGAUGACCGAGCACAAUAUGGGCGGCGUUUCCAUUGCAAAGAGCUCGCUUGCGAUCCAGUACAUGAGCGCUCUGUACUGGUCCGUCAUGACCUUGACCACGAUCGGGUACGGGGACCUCGUCCCGACAACGCCAGGCGAGCGGUCGCUCGCCAUCAUGUGUAUGCUCAUCGGCGGCGGCACGUACGCGUACGUGGUCGGGUCGGUGUGUCAGAUCCUCAACUCGAUGGACGCGUCGACGACGGAAUUCCACCAAACGAUCGAUACGCUGAACGAGUAUUGUCACCACAACCAGCUCCCGGGCGAGCUCUCGGCCCGUCUCCGCGAGUACUUUCACUCGUCGCGCACGCUUCUGCGCGAGCGGCAGCACCACAACCUUCUCCUGACCAUGUCCCCCGGCUUGCGAGGCGAAGUCGCGCUCUACAACAACCAGUGGAUUGCCAAAAUCGAUUUCUUCAACUGCAGCAACGAAUUCGAACGCAAUCAGUUCAUCACGGCGGUGGCGCUUCUCCUUCGGCGCGAGUGCUUUCCGCCCAACGAGUUCGUGAUUCGAGAAGGCGAGUUCAACACGAAAAUGUACCUCGUCCAGCGCGGACUAGCGACGAAGGGUAAAGUUAUGUACUCGGGUGGCACGUUCUUUGGCGAGGACAUCAUUUUGACGUUGCGGCAGCGCAAGAUUGCCGUCCGAGCGUUCUCGUACUUGCACGUCCAAGCGCUGUCCAAGUUUGAGCUCGAGGAACUUAUUUAUUCGGGAUUGUACCCCGAGAUUCAGCGCAGCAUUCGGCGGCAGGUGCUCAAGACAGCUUUCAAGAACAACUUUGUCAAGUUUAGCCAAGACACAUUGCGCCGCCGGAGCUCGUCGUACCGCGCGAGGAGCUCCAUCUCGUCGGCGAGCAAUCCCCACAUGAUGAGCCCGAUGCUGCGGUCGACGCUCGGCUUGAACGUUCCGUUGGGGCUGUACCAAGACUUGAUGCCGAAACCAACGCCCCCUGCAAAGCCCGUCCAUGACGAAGACACUGUCGACAACAUUGUGGAGGGCGUGUCGAACGUCAUUGAUGCUAACUUUGUCAAGUACGACCAAGGGCUGAACAAGAAGAUCGAUCAAGUGCUCGCGCAGCUCGAACGGCUAGAAAAGUACGUUGCUCCGAACGUGAUUUUCUCGCCCGCGCCGCAGGCCAUGCCCAAAGUGAGUGCGCCGACGUCGCAGCCGACCAACAGCGCCGUGUACUUGGAGGCCGUCCAGCAGCUCGAGCGCGGCGAAAUUCGGACGCUGGUCAAAACCAACAGCCGACGGAUGUCGAUGGGGAUGUUGUAG